AAAAACGAAGAGUAGAUAAUAAGAUAGUAUUAUCUCUUUCUCUUUCAAGAAAUAUACAUGUGUAGAAACGAGAUAAACAUGUACAAGGGGUGACUUUAUUAUUCAGUUGUCUCAGUCCGGAAUACAGUUUGUGCUUUUUGUUGUUUCGAUUCGUGUUCAAUUUUUGACGGCAGGCUCGCAGGCCUUUUGCUUUGACCUACUUGUUAUUGUGUCGUUUUACGUAUCUCUAGCUAUUAGUUAUUAUUAAAAUGAUUCAAGCAUCUAAUACUGUAAUGCUAAGAGAAUCAUAAAAAUACUAAACAUGCCCAGUAUUCGGAAAUAUCGUCGCGAUACAAGCGAAGUAAGCUGUUGCCUAAAAUAUGUAAUAUUUGGUGUAAAUGUAUUGUUCUGGUUUCUGGGACUUAUAGUGUUAGCAGUAGGUGUGUGGGCAUGGACGGAAAAAGAUACAUUUAACAACCUCUCCCGGCUGACAAACAUUGCGCUGGAUCCGGCAUUUAUUCUUAUUUGUGUUGGCACAAUAACAUUUAUAAUCGGCUUCACGGGCUGCGUCGGCGCACUGCGUGAGAACACUUGCUUGUUAGCUUGCUAUGCAGUAUUCCUGGCUUUGUUGUUGCUGGCCGAAAUGACGACUGGUAUCCUGUUCUUCGUAUUCAAAGACUGGAUAAAACAGCAAGCGACGGUUGGUUUCCAAACUUUCAUCACACAUUACAGAGAGGACCCAGACCAGCAGAACUUGAUUGACUGGAUCCAGGAAGACUGGUUGCAAUGUUGCGGCGUGGAGGGCCCCCGCGACUGGGACCGCAACGCGUACUUCAACUGCUCGAGCGGCGCCGUGGGGUCGCGCGAGGCGUGCGGCGUGCCCUUCAGCUGCUGCCGCAGCAAGCCGCAGGACAUCAUCCGCAACAAGCAGUGCGGCUACGACGUCAGGAAACCCACCUAUAGUUUUGAUAUUGGUAAGAUAAUUUAUGACAAGGGCUGUCUAGAGGCGGCCGAGGAGUGGUUCGACCACAACCUCUUGAUAGUAGCCACGUCCGCUGUUUGUACCGCUUUUGCACAAAUACUCGGCAUCUGUUUCGCUCAAAACCUGCGAGCGGACAUCUUCGCACAAAAGGCGAAAUGGCACUGACAAUCAGCCUCUCCUGCGGCCGUGUGACGAACCAAUCGUCGCACUGGCGACCCAUACAGCGCCCUCUACGAUCAUUGGACGACCAAUCAGGUGCAAUGCAAAAAUUUGACGCGGCAAUCGACAGCCAAUCAGGUGCGACGUGUAGAUUUUGCGCAACUUUUGACCGACUAUCGGGUAGGUUUUGAUGAUUUUGUUAUGUAAACCGAUGUGUUCAGUAUUGAAAAUUAACAGAGUUAUAGAAUUUUAAAAUUCGUAUUUUAAUGCAACAAGUUGGAAUUUUAUGCUUUUUUAUUGUUGUAAUAUGCAUUGCGCUUCGUCUGUUUUAUUAACAUUGCCCAGUUGUCGUAAUGGUAAGUUCCUUUGGCAUUUAUUUAUCUGUUUUGCAAACGGUGACUUGAUAAUCGAUUUUAAUUUGCUAUAUCAAUGCCUUUUAAAAGUUAGUAGAUAAUGAAUUCUUUAUUGAUAUUAAAUACGAUAUUUACAUAAAGUUCCUGUUUAAAGGCAUUUGGAAAGUUGAAUUGUUCGUAACUAUAAAAACAUUUUGUACAAAAUUUAUUAGGCUUAAACAAAGCGUCAGGCUGAUUUUUGAUUUUCAAUUUUGCCAAAUGCCUGUAGAGUUUAUAUAGCUGAAGUUAUAUAUUGCUAAGGAUUUUCCCGAUUAUCGUGAUCUCAUUUCAAGUCCCAAUGUCAUACCUUCUUCCUUCAGAGUAUGCAUUAUCAUGAGAUAUUAGUAUAGAGAUAUGAAUCUCAAAUUGUUUUUUGCAUGUCACGCGAAGUUUUCAAUUAACUUCUAGAAUAAUUCCAUAUAAAAAUUAUUUAUAUUAUGAAGUUUCUCAAUAGUCGGAUCUGACUGAGUAGCGUUACGAGGCAGCCACACGAGGCAUUUGCCUCGCUUGGUCAGGGUGCCUCGCUUGAUCAGACUGCCGGUUCAGAACCCGAGUAUCAACAAAACAAGAAUCUCAUUUUCUUGAUCAUUAUGCAUACUCUGUGUUCUAAACUCUUUGGACUGUUUCCCUUUACCCUUGGAUACACUUCUCUUCACUCCCACUGUGCCUGAUAAUUUAAGAUUCGUUGUUGCAGAUGUUUAAUGUAUACUGUCAGAGGAUGUUAGUCAGAUCUUAAAAUACUUUUACAAUUUUGAAGAUCUCAUUCGUUAAAAUUUUAAAAUCAGUAUUCGAACAUUAGUAUAUAAAGAAAUGUUAUUUGAAGUUAUUGUAAGAUCUGCAGACAUCAGAUUGUGUUCAAAAUCGGCUAAACGAGCCUUAUCGGGAGCUGUGAGAUGUAGUAUUGAAGAUAAACUAUUAUUACACUGCCAUCUUGCACUUACUGUUUUAAUAUACGAUAAACAGGUUUGCUGAAUAACCAAUACUUUUAGUUGGGUCAUAUAAAAAAAAAACAAUCGUGCGUAUGUCACUUUUAUAAUCGUGACUAGAGAAGUCAGCCCAUAAAAGUAACAACAGUUAAGUACAUUGUAAAAGUAAAUCAUAAAAAACAUGCUUUCCGGUGUACGAAAUCGUUGAAUUUUAUAAUAUUGCCUAUAUUGAUUUAAAAGUAUACUUUUUAUUUUAAUAAUUGUACUUUGUGUCAUCGCCCCCUGUAUUUUUGUUUCUUUACCAGACUUGUAUUAAGGAAAUAAUAAACUGUAAACAUAAUUAUCACAGUAUAAAUUAUAUUUCAAGAAUUGCAUUUUCUACCAAAAAAAAUUUUUUUUAAUCUGUCGAGAGCGUUUGGGUCGCGUAUGCCGUAGGAGAAUAAUGGCUGACAAUAUUGUAAGUUUAAAAUGUACUAUACCCAUUAGGAUAAUGUUAAUGUAAGUUAUACUAAAACUAGUAAUACUCAUUGUUCCACUAAGCUCAUUUUACAAUGCUAAGAUAUCGUGGUGUACCACCGUGUAAUUAAACUUUUUUUUAAAUCACAACAUCUAUUGAUGAAAACCAUACAAAAAUAGUUUUAGAGUUUAUCGCGUUCAUACAGACAGACGCGACAGGGGACUCCUUUUAUAUACUCCUAUAAUAUAUAAGAAUAUAGUUGUUUGAAUAUCAAUGCGGUGGUACACUUCGUAUGAAGUUAGUAGUAUGUAGACUAACGGAGCCUAAGGUAACAGUAACAUUUUCUGGGUCUUGGUUUUGCUAAGAUAAAGUAGAUAAAUCGUCAUUAAUUGAUAAAAAAGUAACAAUAAAAGUCGUACUAUUGAAACAUCAUUGACACACAAUUAUGACUUUAUGGUAGCAGGAUUGACGUCCUAUUAUGUAAUAUUUAUGCUUCUGCCAUGUUGGAUGUACGUACACAGCAAAACUCAGUAUUCAAAUUUGAGCUAAAACUGAAACCUGAAAAAGGAAAACCUGACCGUUAAACUGCUGAUCUGGUUCUCACGUAGACGUAUAGCUUUGACUUGACUUGGAGGUCCACGACGUAUAGAUCUACGAUCGACGUAUAUAUUCUUCGCUUGAUUGAAGAAUCCUCUUCGUCAUCCGGCUCGAAGGACCAAUUUUGUGCAGGAUUGGGGGUUUUCUUCAAUAAACUUCCUUUAUUUGACAACGAAAUACUUUAUUUGAAAAUUUACAAAAAAAUAUAAAAUUUGUGUGCUACCUACCGCAAGCGCCGUAGUCGGGGAAGUAAUAUUCUCGAAAGUUCUACGGUGGGCGGAGCUUCUGACUUGACGACCGAGUAUGGUUUCUAGCAACUUGCCAGUAGAUGGCGUUAAUAAUUUUAAUUCAGUUUUAUAAAUGAUUUUUACUUUUAUACAAUUUAUUAUAUACAUUUUCAUUUUUUUUUAUACAUUUUCAUUUGUAAUCUCUGCUUUUAAGUACCUACUAGAUAAUGAAAAAGACUCAAUUUUAGAAAGAUAUUUAUGCAAAGCCGCGCUUGUUUACAAUUUUCAAUUUAGAUAUUUUUACGCCUUGAUGACUACGAUACAAUCAUAUUGUUCGUACUGAGCGCAUUCGUAAUUGAAUUAUAUUGUAUCUUGUUAUUUUUUAUUUAUCCUUUACGUAGAUUUAAAUGGUUGUAAACAUUUUUUAAACGGUUGUACCCAAUAUUUUUGAUGCAAUCAUUAAAAAAAUGUUAUUGAAAAUAAUGCGUUAUUUGCUAUUUACUAUUUUAGGAAUUGUCAAAAAGUAUUACCCUGUUUGUUAUACCGCCAAAAAGUAUUGCAAUGUUGUAAAAUGUCCAUGUAUUUAUAGAUUAGUGUAGAAAUUUACAAUUAUUUGAAGGUAAAAAUGAUUUUUAUACACAAAUAUAGACUUAUGAGGAAA